UGCCCCUUUCAGGUAACUCUCCCAGUUUCUAUACUGGUCAUGAUGUGCUGUGGUAUGGAAUACCCCUUUGGCUAGUUCAGGUGUCCUGUCUCUGCUUCUUCCUGGCUUCUUGUGCCUCUCCUCACUGGCAGAGCAUGAGAUUGAAAAGUCCUUGAUCAGGGUAAGUGCUAUUGAGCACCAUCUAAAUCAUCAGUGUGUUACCAGCAGUGUUCUCAGACUAAAGCCAAAACACAGCACUGUACCAGCUACUAGGAAGAAAAUUAACCCUAUCCCAGCCAAAAUCAGGACACCACCUUUACCAUUUUAGGGUAAUCCUGUAGAGGUGAUGGUUUAUCAGACUCAGUGCUGGCUGGUCCUUCUGGCCCAGCUCUUUGUAAUUGUUCUUCAGCUGCUAAUAAGAUAUGUGACUGAGGUAAAUCAGUUGUUCUCCCUGCCCCUUCCCUAUCUGUAUAACAGGGGCAAUGAGAUUAGUGAGUGGCAAGUUCUAUGUCAGAGCAAUUUUUAUUAUCCUGAUUGAAGUUAGUUAGCCAAAAUGCUUGUGAUUAUUCACUGAGUCAACAAAAUAUGUCCUUUUAACUUGAUCACACACAUCUUUUGGGUAUCCUGUGAUGGACUUUGCAGAUGCUGGUGAGAUGUGAAUGCAUCGAUGUGCUGACAGCAUUUUGAAAAUGUGCCUCCAAAAUGAGAGCAAUAGUUGAGGGAACCUGUCCUCAGGGUAUGUGCAUGCAUGGUGCUGUGCUCCGUGUUCCUGGUAUGACUGCAACAGACAAAACAAUAGCAUGGCUAUAUUAACUUAUUCAUUGGUAUUAAUUAAUAGCACCUUUAGUGGUCAUAGUUUUGUGUUCUAAUUCUGGCAGAACCUGGCUAUGUUCAUGACCAUGGAAAACCUGGCACCGCUGAGCACUGUCGGUGAGCUUGCGCUUCAGCAGAGCAAGGCCAAGCUCCUCCAUGGCCAUGUGAGCGGUCCCUCCCGGCGCAAGCGGGAGUUCAUGCCGGAUGACAAGAAGGACACCAUGUACUGGGAGAAGAGGCGCAAGAACAACGAGGCUGCCAAGCGCUCCCGGCAGAAGAGGCGCCUCAAUGACUUCGCCAUGGAGAGCCAGCUCAUCGCUCUCAGCGAGGAGAACUCCAUCCUCAGGACAGAGCUGCUGUCCCUGAAGCUGCGCUUUGGGCUCAUCAGCCCCGACACCAGCACCUACCAGAGUAACUCCCUCCAGGAUCUCCUGGGAGUUUAUUUCAGAGGGCACAGAGCAGCCUCCCCGCACCUCGAGGCAGAGCCCUUUGCUGGCGAGCCCUGCUUCUUCACAACAAAGAGCUUUGUGCCAAAGGUGCUGGAGCCAGCAGACCUUUCCUGCAAAACCUUUGGCCCAUCCAGUAACAUCCUUGGCUGUGACUCCAAGCCAGCUCCCAUGGACACACCUGGCCUUCAGGAGCCUAUGAGGCUUGAUGCAUCCUUCAUAUCCACAGUCUGCUCUCCAUUCCCCAGUUAUCACUGCCCAGACAAAUAUGCUUUCCAUUUGCCUUUUUCAGGCAGCGCCUGCUUCUUGUGCCCGUCCCCCAGUCUAGCCAAGGUGAGCAAAGGAAGCAGCACAACUGUGUCAGAUGAAGAUGAUGAGCAACAAGUGCCCAAAACCUUUCCUCUACAGCCAUGCAGCCUGCCAUGCCCUUCAGAAGAUCAUCUGAAGGGCCGAAGCUACACUGCCCUGCCUCACAAGCUCCGUAUUAAGACCAAAACCCUCAGCAGCUUGGAGGAGAGUGGCCUGGACUCCCACUGAGGUAGCAGAGGAAUGGCCCACUGUGGGGCCAAGACCUUCCAAAGACAUGAAGGGUUUGGAAGGAGGGGGUGGGAGGAAAACAUCUUGUGCUUCAAAAGAGGGAAGUAAUUUUCUUUGCUUUGUGUAAAUGGUAGGGGAAUUUAUAGGUCUGGGCUGCAUCAGUACAGCACAACUGGAGCUGGCCAUUAUGUCCAUCUUGCUGGGUGAGACCUGCAGUUGUUGUGUAAGUAUGACUUCCACACAGCUGCUCUGCUUACAAACCAAGCUAAAAUCUGAGGCACGAUGAGGCUAAGACAGUAGAGGUGGUACUCAUGUAGCACAACAACUGCUUGGGGUAGCAACCAUUUGAAUUACCUGUGCUUCAUUGUUGCCUUCAUCUUCACAAAUGUUCUUCAAGUCUUAAUUGCUUGAUAGGAGAAACUGUUGAUGGAAACCGUUAAUCUUCAUCUGUCCAUGAGGGACAUGGGGGCAUGGUUUCACUUCUGUGAAAGAAGGAGGGGAUAUAGAAGUGUGCAAUGACCAGGGUGGGGAGGGAGAUGUCUAACAUUUUCUGCAGGUG